GAAUGCAAUACUUUUCCACUCCAAUCCCUUUAGAUACGUAGUAGCACAUGUGUCCCUGCGUGCCUUGCCACUGUUUAAAACACGCAAAAAUCUCUCGCCUCAGCGAAGCUACGGCCAAAUCCCCCUUUAGUUCCCGAAUGCACGCAUCGCAUUCUGUAAGGUUACAUUAACUACACCCAACGUCAUCCAAGACACGGGAACCCUCGGGGGUCUACGUUGUCACCCCAGCGAACCAAACGUAGUCGUUAGCGUGCAAUUUUUGCGUUUUACACCACACACAUACACACCUCCUCCUUUUAAGUUUCCUUUGCUCUCGGUGUGUGUGUGUGUGUGUGUGUUGUCACCAAAAAUCGGAAAGUGACGGUAAUCCCUUCAACGUUUACUGUUUUCCCAUUCGAGCGAAUCGAGGUUGGCCGUGCCCGGUCCCCUCUGCCCGGGAAACGAUGCCUGGGUUACUGUUGCUUUUCCCCUUAGUUCACGUUGACGCCAUAGCAGGCAGUGCUGUGCUGUAGCCGGGUGCGAUACCGCGAUAAAGUACUUUUCCACUUUUAAUUGGCACCGAUCAAACUGGAUGGGUGCAAGCGGACUGUUUGCACGGCCCAAUGCCCUCAAAUCCAUGGAUGCUAAUCGGUACGCGACGAAGAAAACCAUCGCCCAGGGCAUGCUGGACAUUGCGCUGCUAACGGCCAACGCAUCGCAGCUGAAGUACAUCCUGCAGGUGGGCGAAAAGCACGAGUUCUACGGUCUGAUGCUGACGCUAAUCAGCAUCUCGAUCAUACUGCAGAUGCUUGUCGGCAUACUGUUUGUGGUGAUCGGUAGCUUAAACAUCAACCGCAAACCGGACCAAACGGCCGCCAUCGUACUGAACGAUGUUAUCCUGGUGCUCAUAUUUGUCAUCUCGCUGAUCAAUGUCAUCAUAUCCGGGUUCGGUAUUGAGUACUCGUCGCAACCACUCCGGUUGCUGGAGCGCGUCGAAUCGUCACCAUCCGCCACUGCUGCAACACUCACUGCUGCGGCCAAACCCUCGGUGGCUUCAUUCUUGUUGAAGUAGCAGCAAUCCCUAUCCUUUUUUCCCCUCUCCAAACCUGAACACUAAUUUGCUGUAACGCCCCUAGCAUACUAACUAGCUGCUUUACUAAUUGGUUGGUACAGGUUUCGGCUGCAAUGCUGGCCGUCAUACUAACCCUGGUCAAUCUGCACGGCGGUGAGGUACAGCGGAAGGUGGCCAACAUACUGAACCACUUCUCGCUCGGGUUCGUCGUGGUGGCCCUGUUUUGCGAUGUCAUAAA